AUUAUUUUGUGCUUCAUAGGUUGGGCCCAAAAGCACAAUGAUAUGGGCCCAUAUCAGGCAAGGAUUGUUAUUAUUAUUAUUUUAUGGAAGCUACCGCACACCAAAUGGGCUUAUAAGUCCAUAAUCUCUCGCUUCACAAAUUGGAUCCAAAGCCUAAGCCUUUUCACUAGAUGGAUCAAGUGACUUCACUCUGUCAAAGGCUCGUAGCCCAAACAACUAUUGUUGUGGUGAUGGUGAUACUUGUUACUAUAAAUACUUUUCUCCCGGCCCAAUUCAAUCUAUAUCUCUAUGAAACUGAAACAAAGAAAGAGUGGCGGGCGAAAUCAAAGAAUUGUGAAGAAGAGUGAGAGUUUCCCUGAAAGUUUUUGUCUCAAUCUGCUUCGGUAUUCACGUAGAAGAGUGAGUCCAAAUCGUGAUUUUCAAUUCGUUUUCUUGUUUGGCAAGAUCAUUGAUUUAAAAGCGAUGAAGGUGUAUUUCCCUCCUUAUUCUUCAUUAAUGCUGCCCUGUGUUAAGUUUUGCCCAAACGAGGAUGAGCUGAUCUACUACUAUCUUCACCCGAAGGUUAUUGACGAGCCAUUGUCUUUAGGAGGUGUUGAAGUUGUACAUGUACCGGAAUUUGAUGUGUUUAGGGUGAAAGAACCUGACAAAAUUUGGGAUAUGAUUUGGGGUGAGGAUUCAGCACCGGACCGUGUAUAUUUCUUCACUACUGCAUCGGCUGCACAGUCAUUGUUGGAAACAUGUUGGAGAUAUGAAGCCUCUGAGGUGAUCUAUGAUGAAAAUACUGGCUACCCUAUUGCCAUCAAGCGGCAGUUCUAUUACGAGAACCAUGAUUCGCCUCAAGAUGGUUACUGGAUCAUGAACGAGUACAGCCUUGACGUUGAGGGUUCUAUGCUUCUGUUACCUUCCUCCUCCUAUGUAGCCUGUGAACUGUGUAAGAAUAAUCUAGAUGAGAUUGACCAAAACGAGACUACUGCCUUUUUUGAUGAGUACGAAUACAAGACUACCACUUAUUUUGAUGAGUUCCGAAAUGAGAUUACUAUUUCAUUUGAUGAGGACCAAAACGAGACUACUACCUAUUUUAACGAGUACCAAAAUGAGGCUACUGCUUCAUUUGAUGAGGACAAAAACGAGACUAAUUCUAAGAAGAAGAAGUUGCCAGUACAGCUGCAACAAUGUCACCCAAGAAAGAAGCAGAAUUGUAAUUGAACCCAAGCACAAGGGCAGAGUGACAUUGAACUUGAACCGACCCAAGAUCAAGAGCAAUUUGGUAUUGAGGAAUUUUAGAACUGAUAUGUUUGAUGAUUUUUUUUGUAGAAUUUUAGGACUCUAAUCAUGAUCCCUUGUUGCUCUUUCCAACUGUACCACCUUUUUGGAAAACUUCUGUGCUUAUUGACUAGUUUUAAUACUUUUACUUUAUGUUCUAACAAUUUCAAAAUUUCAG